AUGACUCCCUGUCGACUACCCCCACCAGUUGAUAUACCCAAUUCUCCAAAUACCGUCGAAGUCUACAUCAUCGACACAACGAGCUUCAUGAGCGGGUUCCCCGCAUCGACCUUUGUGGAACCUCUCGUACCAGGCUUCGACACUAUCAACGUCGGAUCAUACUCCUUCCUCAUCAAGCACCAUGGCUCCAACACAAAAUAUGAUACCAUUGUAUUUGACCUCGGCGUGCGAAAGGAUUGGGAGAAUCUCCCAGAGACGUUUGUCGCUGGUAUCAAGGGGAGUGGGUGCAAGAUUGAGGUGCAAACAGACGUUGCCUCGAUUCUGCAAGAGAACGGACAGAGCCUAGAUGACGUUGGGGCUAUUAUUUGGUCACAUUGGCAUUUUGAUCAUGCUGGUGAUCCACAGACCUUCCCGAGCACAACGGACCUCGUUGUUGGUCCAGGGUUCAAGAGCAAUAUGAUACCUGCUUAUCCCACCGUCAGGGACUCGCAUGUCAAUGAAACAGCUUGGGAGGGUCGUGAGUUAAUAGAGAUCGACUUCAAAAAAGACAAGGGUCUGGAAAUCGGCAAAUUUGACGCGUAUGACUUUUACGGCGAUGGAAGCUUUUAUCUCUUGAGUUCGCCAGGCCAUGCGGUCGGACACAUGUCUGCUCUGGCUCGAACAACUGCCGAUCCCCCUUCCUUCAUGCUUCUGGGCGGCGACAUCGCUCACCACUGUGGCGAGUUCCGACCAU